AGCACUGGAGUAAAGAACAAUGUUUGGAAACUGUACAAAACAGGCUCAUUCUUUGGCCAUUUUACAACUGUGUAGAUCAUUGGACUUAAUAAUAAAACAGUUGACACUACAAUUACAAAUCUCUUAUCAUGUUGCCAUACAAGGCAUGCUAAAACUGGGUUAGGGGUUCUCAUAAUUCUGUACAUUUGUGGUAUUUAUACUUUCAAAUUUCUAAAUGUCUCAUUUCUGGAUGUGAUUUUAUCAGUUUUUGUACAGUUUUUUUGUUUUUUUUGUACAGCUUGCUCAUAUGUUUCCCCUAAAUAUUACAUAAAUGUUCAGUUUUUAACAAUGGAGUUGCAGUUGAUUUUUUUAAGCCAUAUUUUGCUUAUGCUUGAAGUUGGUCCAUAAUCUUGUUAUAUUUUUUUUUUCACCAUACUGAAGAAUAUGAAAGACCUGAAUUAUGAGACAAUGUAGAGGCAAAAAAACAAGAUGAUGCCCUCUCCUGGCAACUUGUUGAAGAUUACAAGUUUCUUUGGAACAAUAAAAUCAUGAUAUUCAGUUUGACUCAGUAUAUAACAGUAAAUAAAGUACAUAAUUAUAUUUAAAAAAUAAAAUCAUAAAACACAAAGAUUACUUUAGAAGACUUUAAACUCUUUAAAAAACUAAGAGUUAUACUUAGUGAUAUACCUUUGAUUUCCAGAACACGAUUUAUUGUUAAUGUGUGAUUAAAGAUUCUGAAUUAAGUAUUAAAAUAUGUAUUUAAAUGUGUAUAUGGCUGAUGGAGGGAGAGUCUUCUUUUUAACAAUAAUUAUUUCUUUAGUAAAACUUAACAUUAAUAUUAAAAUAAAUUAUUGGCUGACUGAAAUUUAAUGACAGUGUCACAUUAUAACGCAUGAUUUAUUUUAAUGAUUGAUUUAUUUUAAUGUGCACACUUUAACCACACAAAGAAGUUAUUUCAACCCUCAGUCUUUCAAAAAAGUCAGAGUUCAGUGUAUGACUUAUUCAAGGUUUCUAAAAAAGGUAAAAUGUACAGCACAACUUUUUUUUAUUCUUAAUGCAAUAAAUGACAUCAAAUAAAACUGUAAGUAAUCUUUACAACCAAUAACAGUAUGAAGUAAUAAUAGUGCAAAGAAUCAAAUUGAGACAAUCUUUUCAUGUCACACUGUAAUGCAGCAGUGUUUGAUCUUAUACUCGUAUGCAGUGGGGGCGCUUGGCCAGAGAUGGCGCUAUUGAGUAUAUAUUAGUUUCAGCGCCGUUUCCCUCCAUGGUUUCUGCUCUCCCAGAGUAACUUGGCGCUGGGCUCAGAUCAUUAUACAGUCCCAUAUUCUCCCUCCAUUAGGCAUCUUUCUACCUUUUGGGCUGAACAGAAAUUCCUCCAGAACCCAAGAGGGAAGAGUCCAACUUUUAAGGGGCGAAAUGGACAUGAAAAAGAGGAUUCAUUUGGAGCUGAGGAACAGGACACCAUCUGAUGUACGAGAACUUGUCCUCGACAACUGCAGAUCAAAUGAAGGGAAAAUUGAAGGCCUCACAGCAGAAUUUGUUAAUCUUGAAUUUCUAAGUUUGAUAAAUGUUGGUCUGCUCUCAGUAUCCAACCUUCCUAAACUCGGAAAACUAAAAAAGUUGGAACUCAGCGACAACAGAAUCUCUGGUGGCCUUGACGUUUUAGCUGAAAAACUCCCCAAUCUCACACAUCUAAACCUAAGCGGCAACAAACUGAAAGACAUCAGCACAUUGGAACCAUUGAAAAAACUCGACCAUCUGAAGAGUCUUGACCUUUUCAAUUGUGAAGUCACAAACCUGAACGACUACCGGGAAAGCGUCUUCAAGCUCCUUCCACAGCUCACGUAUCUGGACGGCUACGAUCUGGAUGACCGAGAGGCGUCAGACUCUGAUGGAGAGGUCGAUGGAGUGGACGACGAUGAUGACGAGGAAGGAGAAGAUGAGGACGAGGAGGAGGAUUUUGAUGAAGAGGAAGAUGAGGAUGAUGAUGAAGAUGAGGUUGAAGGAGAGGAGGAUGACGAGGACGGCAGUGGAGAGGAUGAGGAGGAAGACUUCGGUCAGGAUGGAGAAGUAGAAGAUGACGAAGAGGACGAUGACGACGACGAUGAUGAAGAAGAGCAAGGAGCAAAGGGUGAGAAGAGAAAACGAGAAGCAGAUGAUGAAGAUGACGAGGAUGAUGAGGAGGAUGAUUAAGAGCCAAUGAACAACUCUGUUACCAACCCUUCCCUGUCCUUCUUUUCCCUCACCAACUCUGCUGUCCCAUCAACUUUCCUGCCCUUCCACGACUCCCCCAUUACCCAAGCAAAAGCUAAGCUCCCUGUGGGGGCAAGACUGUACCGGACGGGUGGAGCUGUUCAUAUGGAGCCUACGAGCUGAAUGAAAGCCUUCUGGAUCUCUGGCUCACUCAGCAUUCCACAAGUCCACUGUCAAUCCCCUGCCCGUUUGUGUUUCCAAACCUCUGGGGACUUUGGGGACUGCUAUUUAGUUUUGGGUCUGUGCUUUUAAUAUUUUGUUGAAAGUGUUUUUUUUUUUUUCCUCUUCUUUUUUCUUUUGUUGACUUUUUUUCCUACCCACUUAGUUUUUGUUCCAAAUUUCCCAGAUUGCUAUAGCAACUGUGUGACAAGCGAGCCAUCAUUUUAGUGUGGCAGCCUGUGGCACAAAUCAAGGUUGUAGCUACAUUUUUACUUUCUGUAAGACAAAAACUUUGUAAAUAAAAUAACAUUUUGUGCUUUGCUCGCUCUCC